GAAACUCAGCCUCAGCCCAGCCUUCAGCAUUUCCCUUUCCCUUUCCCAAAGAUGUAAUUGUCUGGCUGACCGCUGACGCUGUGGCAGUCAUGUCCAUUUCUACACCUUCACUUGGCAGAACGGACGGCCCUCCGUCGGUUCUGCCAAGUGCCAGCCCUGCCAUAGUUGUCCUGACCUAAUAACACGUCACCCAUGUUAUCGUAAAAAUACCAAAAAAGUAGGCGAAAUGGCCUUUCCGGUACCGUCUACCGUCAAAAGAAUAUUAUGAAAUUUUCGUUUUCCUUUUCGAAUUUCGGCCACCCGCCUUUGUAGACGAACGCCCAUCGAUUACUCCUUACUCGAUUCAAGUAUUCAACUUCCGAAUCGCCGAUGCUGCUGCUCUCGUCCCACUGUACCAGUCCACACACGUUGUAAGUUGUCACUUUAACCGAGUUGGGAAUGACGAGUUUAACUCGGUGGUCAAAUUCAAAUAACUGGUCAAAGUCGCCGUUAACAGUACUUCUCCGUUUUCCUUUUGGUCUUUGACGGGACGAAACGUCAUUAAUUAAACCCCAAAAGCCCCAUAUGAUUCAUAACUUUAAUUUAUUAUUUCACUCCAAAACCCCAGCUGAGAGGUGUGAAAAAAAUUAUCAUCUGACGUACGUCUGUGUUGAUCUUCUUCUUCCUUCUCCAAGACCUAUUAUCAAUUCAAACAACAUUACGUAUAUAAUCAGAAGAUAAGAGGGCCAAGAGUCCAACUCUCUCUGCAAAGCAUAUUGAGAUCAAAGAAGAACAAACUGAGAAGGGAAUCAGGACACCAACUACAUUGCGAGAUGAAGUUCUCUCUUUCAUUCUUAGUCUGCUUCUCUUCUGCCCAUGAAGAUAACGUUGACUACAGCAAACAAGGUCUACAAUCUCCUCCAAAUGUUCACCAUUAUUCCUACAAGGAAUUGAAAGAUGCGACUCAGGGUUUCCGACCGUUGAACAAGAUUGGAGAAGGGGGUUUUGGCUCUGUCUACAAGGGACGACUUCAAGAUGGUACUCUCGUGGCGGUAAAGGUGCUUUCAGCCGAAUCAAAUCAAGGAGAGAGGGAGUUUAUGGCUGAGAUAGCUGCAAUGUCGAAUGUCAGACAUGAAAAUCUUGCUACGCUUCUUGGUGGCUGUGUUGAUGGAAGUAACAGAAUUUUGGUUUAUGAGUAUAUGGAAAAUAACAGUGUUGCGCAUAUGUUGCUUGGUGGGGAGCAUAACAGAGUUAUGCUUAAUUGGGAUGUCAGACGCAAGAUCUGCUUAGGGGUUGCUCGGGGCCUUGCCUACCUUCACGAAGUGCUUAGGCCUCACAUUGUGCAUCGAGAUGUUAAAGCUAGAAAUAUACUUCUUGAUGCGGAUUUUACUCCAAAAGUUUCAGACUUCGGUCUCUCAAAGCUAUUUUCCGAUGAUGUUACUCAUGUUACUACACGCGUUGCCGGAACAUUAGGCUACCUUGCUCCUGAAUAUGCCAUUAGUGGGCGUUUGACAAGAAAAUCCGAUGUCUACAGCUUUGGUGUACUCCUUAUGGAAAUCGUCAGUGGUAGACCAGUUGUGGACUUCAACUUAGAACAUGGGGAACACAAUCUUGCCGACAAGGCUUGGGGGAUGUACCAGGCUAAUGAGCUAUUGCAGUUAAUAGAUCCUUCACUGAAAGGAGAGUUCCCUGAGGAAGAAGCCAUCCGAUUUUUGAAGGUAGGACUACUUUGUGUGCAAGAUGAUCCUAAGCUCCGUCCACAUAUGUCUAAGGCCUACAAGAUGAUGUGCAAUGAGAUCGAUGUCAAAAAUUUCGAGAUAUCGCCUCCGGGGCUCCUCAUGGAUCUUGAUAAUGUCAAAGUAGGCGGCAAAAAUACUUCAAACACUAGCAGUGGUACUUCCAAGGGCUCCACGGCCACAAGUAGUAGUUCAUGGGGAAGCCACAGUGCCACCUUGAUCGAGUAGACAAUAUGUAUCACUGCAACACAUCCUUUUGUCCCCGAAGCCUAGAUGUGCGGAGCUAGAAGGUCUACUUAUAGAGUGAUAUUCCGCCGAGUGGGUCUUUGUCAACCAUUUUCAACUAUUCAUUAUGCCCUGCAUAUUUGAGCUUUGUGGUCACGGAAGGUAAUCAUGUACAUGAUUUUUUUUUCCUAAUGUAAAAUUAGAAGGAAUGUCGAGAACAUCAUGCUUAUAGUUUGUAAAUCUUCAUCCUGAACAUGUAAAGAUGCAAAACAAGCAAGAAGGUGAUGAGCCCUUUUUUUUUCUGAUACAAAACAAUGCUGUAAUGAUUCAGCUCUUUCACAGUAUAUAUUUCGGCCCAUGUUUUAGUUAGUUUUUACCAUAAGAAUUUAAAGACUAAAGUUGUAAAGAUUGGACUGUUUAAGAUGGCACUCGGGUAUAUUUUUCAUUGCUUGGGUAUCAGUUGGAUAUCUGAAAUAAGAGGUGGAGUGUAAUCAUUUUGGAAUCCCCAGUCUGGGUUCUAUAUAUUAAAGAAGAA